UGGGCGGGGCCAGCGAGCAGCCGCUCUUGGGGCGCAGAGCGGCGGGGUGGCAGCUCAUCCCACCUCUCAGGAACAUGUGGGCGAGACCCACUGCCCUGUGUCGUACCCCACCAGCACAGUCACCUUCGUGGGACCACAUCUCUGCUGAAUGCACCCGUUCCAGGGCCUCCCACGUCUGUUGAAGAGUGAAGACUGACGGAAGACCAUCUCACCCCCAAGCCUGGCUGCAAGCCUCCCGGGAUGCUCUGGGCUUGGCGUCUGGAGCCCAACAGAACAGCAGCCAGAUGGCCUGUGGCACAGAGAUUCCAGACUUCUUGGAUGCAUUCCUCCAAGACUUCCCAGUCCCACUGAGCCCAGAGAGCCCUUUGCCAUGGAAGGCCCCGGGGGCCAUGCUGAGCCAAGAGGAGGUAGAAGGCGAGCUGGCUGAGCUGGCGAUAGGCUUCCUGGGCAGCAGGAAUGCUCCAUCACCACUUGCUGCAGCUCUGACCCAUGAGGCAAUUUCCCAGCUGCUACGAACAGAUCUGUCUGAAUUUAGGAAGUUACCCAGGCAGGAGGAAGAGGAUGAUAACGAGGAAGAAGAGAAGGCUCCUGUGAUCUUGCUAGAUGCCAAAGGCCUAGCACGGAGUUUCUUUAACAAACUCUGGGAAGUAUGCAGCAUGUGGCAGAAGCAGUUACCAUUGAUGGCCCGGACACCACAGCAGCAGUGGCUGGUCUCCAUCCAUGCCAUCAGGAACACUCGCCGCAAAAUGGAGGACCGGCAUGUGUCCCUUCCUGCCUUCAAUCACCUCUUUGGCUUGUCUGACUCUAUAGAUCGUGCCUACUUUGCUGUGUUUGAUGGUCACGGAGGCGUGGAUGCUGCACGAUAUGCUGCUGUCCAUGUGCAUGUCAACGCUGCUCAGCGGCCAGAGCUGUCCACAGACCCUGCCAGAGCCCUCAAACAAGCCUUUCAGCACACCGAUGAAAUGUUUCUCUGGAAAGCCAAGCGAGAGCGCCUGCAGAGUGGUACCACAGGUGUGUGUGCGCUCAUUGCUGGAACGACACUGCACAUUGCCUGGCUCGGGGACUCCCAGGUCAUCCUGGUGCAGCAGGGACAGGUGGUGAAGCUGAUGGAGCCACACAAACCUGAGCGACAGGAUGAAAAGGCACGCAUUGAAGCUCUGGGUGGCUUUGUGUCUUUUAUGGACUGCUGGAGAGUCAAUGGGACCCUGGCUGUCUCCAGAGCCAUCGGGGAUGUCUUCCAGAAGCCCUACGUGUCUGGAGAGGCAGAUGCAGCCUCACGGGAGUUGACAGGCACCGAGGACUACCUGCUGCUCGCCUGUGAUGGCUUCUUUGAUGUUGUCCCUCACCAGGAAGUCACCAGCCUUGUCCGCAGCCACCUACUCAAGCAGAAGGGUAAUGGGCUCCACGUCGCUGAGGAGCUGGUGGCUGCAGCCCGGGAACGGGGCUCCCACGACAACAUCACAGUCAUGGUGGUCUUCCUCAGGGACCCACAAGAGCUGCUGGAGAGUGGGGUCUUGGGGGCAGGGGACUCCUAGACAGAUAUGAGAAGUUAGGUGGCACAGUCCCCUCCACCCUUUAAGCCCCCUCCCCACCCUUGUGACUGUCCCCUUCAGAGGCCUUAGGACCUGACAGGCAGUAGUGGGCAGGGGGUGCCCACUCAUACAGCACUUCCCCCAGCACCCCACGCCAUUCAUGGUGCUUGCCACAGCCUGUCCUGGUGACUGCAGAACUGUCAGGCAGCAGGUAGAUCUCAGAAGCAUAGGAAAAAGACCUCACCAAAGAGAAGGUAGCCCUGGAAGUGAACCAACUCUUGCUCCCGCCUUCCAUCAGGCAGGGUUGAGACUAGAGACCAUAGCCACUUUGUGGCACCUGACUUAUGUGUGGAUCCGUGGGGUGUGUCCAUGUGGAACCCUCAGGCAGGCCCAGGAGCCCCAGGCACCUUCAAGCACAUUGUGGGGUUAGGACCAGCAAGCAGUGUCCAACACAGCUUUGUCCUGGCUUUUCACAGUAGCCUGGCCUUGGCUGGGGAGGGUUCAUAUUGACAGAUAAGCUCAGCAGGUCCCGGUUGACCAUGCUGGCUCCCCAAAGAGGAGAGAGUGGCCUCAUCUGAAGUAGGGAAGCCCACAGCUGCCACCCAGCUGCAUGCCAGCUGCAUGAGAUUUAAUUAUUUGCGGGGCCACCAGACUCUGGGCUUCUCUCAUCCCUGGACACCCCGGGGAGGUGAAGCUCAGAAUCCACAAUGACACGAUGAUGUGUCUUUUGUUUGUGUUUAGAUUUAUUCCAGGGAAAAGUCUAAUUCAAAAGCAGUAUUUCAGGUUUUAUCUUUGUUUUUUCAGUGCCAAGAUGACCCAUGGUGUCAUAUAAUUUAAGGAGAGCUGAGCAUUUAUUUUAUUCCUUAGAAAACUUAAGUAUUUCCUUUUUUUUUUUUUAACCGUUUUCUUGUGGAAACCUUUUUUUGCAGUAUUACUGUUUUUUUUCUAAAUCAGGAUUGAAACAGAAAUUUUCCAGGUGGUGUUAAUAAGCCGCUUAAGUGCCUUAAACUGCUUUGGAGGAGAGGAGAGGAGAACCGCCUGCUGGGCCUGUGGAUCCCAAUAGGCGUAUUGAAGGUCUCACAAAAUCAGCAUUUAUGUUGUUAGAAAUGCAUGACGGGUUAGGAAUCUUUCAGGAAGAGUUCUUUUGCCUCUGUGAUGUCUGACAACCUCUGGAGCUUCCCUGAGGUGUUUAGCAGGAGCCAUAGCUGUAGUGGGCUGGGACCUGGGCCCAAACGUAGGGCUCUGAGUAUCUGAGGUGACAUACGCCUCCUUACCCACCCUCUGGGCUCUGCCAUGCAUAUCUCUGGCCAGAUCCCAGGCAGUGAGACCAUACUGCUAUUUGACUGGAAUGUUCCAGAGUGUCUGUUUUAAUCACAUUGCUUUCACUGGGGAAAAUGCUUAAUUAAGAGUCUCUGGCAAGCCCAGAGGCAGACCAGUGUCUCCAGUUUUGCCCAGAGACAGCAGGGAUGCCACUGGCAUUCUGACAACACCAGCCACAAUCCCUUGUCUGGCUCCUCUAGCUAGUGUCCCCUGCUGGGCUCUGCCCUGUAGCCUGACCAGCCUCAAGAGACACUGGGAAGGUGAUGCUUAGGAGCCUCAAAGGGUUCACAUAACCUGUGAAGAGUUAAAAGUGCCAAGACAAAUAAGGAAGCCAGACAGAGGACAGGGACACCGAGUGACAGAAGGACCCAGGAGGCCCCUGGGAGCAGCUUCAGAAGGAGGGUCCAAGCAGCAGCAGGGCUGUACAGAGGCUGGCCGGUCCAGAGGGCAAUGAGUGGCUUAGCAGAGGGGAGGGAAGACAGCUUGGCUGUGAGGUCCCCAUGGAUAUGAUCAAGUCUACCUGUAGACAGCAGGGCCCCAGUAAGGGCUGCAGAGCUUUGCUUCUAGCACCUUGGGCCUCAGCUCACAGACAGGGCAGGUACACGAGUGCACCUAUCCCAAGGUGAGUCCACUGUCCAGCAGGAAGGGAGGGAGCCAGCCUUUGAUGAGGCAUGCCAGCUGCAUACUUGGGUUCUGCCCUUAUUUCCACUGCAGGGAUGAAGGAUUUGAGACCCUGUGGUCUAUCCCCUGCUCAAGGUCUCCUGAUAGAAAACAUCUUAAACACAGUUAGAGAAUGAUUGGCCACCAACAAUGAUCAGGUAUCACUUAGCUUAACUUGAAUGCCCUGCUGCCUCCUUAGGGUCAGAAACCAGGGCCCCUGGUGCCAUCUCAGCACAGGGCUGGGCAAGACACAGAAACAUGGCUCCACCUUUCACUGGCAACCCAUCCUGACUGUGGCAAUGACCUUGACAGAGAGGGAGGUGUUGGCUUCUGUUUUUCUCUUUUCUUUGCUAAUCUUAAUUGUGCUCAUUGCUGCUGAGAGUGGAGUUUCUGAGUGGGAGGUCUGGAUAACACUAUUUGGUGGUGGGAUUCACACCCUAAUGUGAGGUUCUCAGGCCUCAAAGUAGAGGGAAGCCCUUCCCCAAGCUCAUCAGAGCACCUCCCCUGACCCCUGAACUGGCAGCUGCUGUGGGGAGGACCAAGCUCCUGCCUGGCAGAGGUCUGGGGCCAGCAGUAAAAGCAGCUCCACCCUUAAUUUGUGGUGGAGGGAGCCCUCUUUCUCCCAUGAGGACUGGCCUAUGCUAGCUCGUAGAUACAGAGGAGGGCCCUUCAUCUGAACCAGGCGCCACCAUGUACUUCCAGCUUCCAAGACUCCUGGGCCACCUUCUUCUCAUGGUCCCAAAAGAGCCCCUAGCCAGGGAUACUGGUCUGGAAAUCUGACUCCCCUUCUCAAGUCCCAGCUUUGCCACAAGCUCAUUGAAUGAGCUGAGCACAUCAUACACCUCUGUGGGCCUCAGUUUCCUUUUCAUAAGGCACAAGAGUUGCACAGCGUUUGUAGCAGCUCCAAUCUGGAAUUCUGGAGGUGCAGGGGCUACUCGAGGUAAGCUUGACACGUCCUAUGGAGAUGCUGCCAGGCAAGGAGGCCCCUCCUCCACCGCCCCACGGAGGGGUGAUUAAGUAUUAUUAGUGUCUAUUCUUAAAAUUAAGUGGGUUGGAAAAGAAUCUAGUUACAGAUGCCAGCGCCUUAUAUGGAAUACAAAAGCCAGAGCAAUCAGACCCUGCUUUCACAGGUACAGCUGACUCCCAGCUGAGGCCGGCAGGGGUAGGAGGGGGGGGGGCACAGCCAGGCUAUGGUGAGUUUCCAUUUAGAAUCCAGGAUAGGUGAUGGGUGUGUCUUAAGGAGGAUAGGGACAUGGUGUUGGCAGCAUAGCCAUUAGGGUCUCAGGCUCCAUGGGGAAAGCAUGGGCCUUGAGUCAGUCUUGGGCAAGCCCCUGCCAUUAACUGUGUUCUAACUCCUGCCCUCUUAGGGGCCAGCAUGCAGCCCCAGUCCACGUCCCCUUCCCUGGCAUGGUGAGUUCCGACAUGGGCAUCCUGGCUACCUCAUCAGUAUUCCCAGGGCUAGAAGGACGGCUUUCGCCAUUCCUAGGCCUGGCCUAACCUCCACCCAAGCUACAUGGAAGCCAGGUUGAUCUAUGUAAAAUAAGCUGUGUUUCCAGUUUGAUUCUGCCUCCAUAGCCCAAGGGGCAGCCCGUGGAGUCCUGUGCUUUCACCAAGGCUCCACAGCUUUGCCAAAUGUGCCAAGCUUUGCCAUUCACUUGCCAUGUGGGCCUUGCCAAGGAUUUUUCUGUGCAUGCCUCAGUGGGCUUCCUGGGAGUCAUGUUCCAAGACAUGAUGACUGAUCCCCCUGGUCUUACAGACAAACCCCAAGGUGAAGGGGCCAGAAAGGCAGUCUCCUAGCAGAGGCCCACUGUGCUAAUGUGUCAAUAAACCACAAUU